CGAGGUGUCUCUGUGUCUUCACUGAACCACGUGCACGUGUUGCACAUUCUCGUGUAAUAAACAGUGCAUACAAACCAGUAAAUGCACAUACUCAAUAAAUAUUCGUUUAUAUCAAAUAAAAAUGAGAUGAUUAAUUGUAAAAAACUGACUAGUCAUUAACAACUUCAUAUCUCGUAUUCAGUUCGCAUGUACUAUUCGAAUAAUGACAAAUUAUCUAUAUAAAUUGUAAAUAAAAUUUGCCAAGUGUCAUUUCAUGGAUAAUUGUAUAUAAAAUGUUCUUCAAGCUAUUUUUACGAACGUGUGCUCAGAAGAGAAAACACAUUCGAUGUUAUACUAGGAAACAGUAUUUUCAUACGGAGCACGAGGAAUCGAUGUUAAAUGUAGCACUGUCGCGUGUGAAACUAAAUUUCAAACAGCAAUGUUCAUCUGUGAUCGAUGGAUACACGUGCAUUAUCGCCGACUGCCCUAUCUGUAAUAAGACAAAAAAAGAAUCGAAGGUUUAUGUAAAUAAAAGAACAGGGUACUUUAUGUGUGAUAAUUGCAAGUCCACUGGUUCUUGGGAGCUGUUAGAAAAAUUUCUAUCUCCAGAGAAAUCAGUAGAAAAGACCAAGGAACUUGAAAUGCUGUCUAGCAGACUACAGUCAAAAGAAGACUUCACGAGCACAUGGGAAAAUGUUAUAAAAGAUUGUCAAAGUAUUAGAGAUCUAUCUAAAGAAGAAUAUAGAAUACUUCUGAACAGCUUUUCACUUCCUCACGUUCCACAAGAGGAUAUGUCUGAGUUAAAUUGUUUUUACGAAAGAGCAAGCAACGCAUUGUACUUUCCACUGGUGGGACUAAACAAUAAUAUUGUUGGCUAUAAAUUAUUCUCUGACAAUAUGCAAAACGAGAAAACAGUGCCUGCGGCUGGAGCCAGUGGUUGUAUAAAGUACAAACAGCAUUGCAAUAAAAGUGAUACUACUGCUUUGAUCGUGGGAAUGGUAGACGAUUUACUUACUUUGAUAUCAAAAACACCUGCAAACACAAUCCUCUGUCUCCCAUACAAUCUGAAGAGUCUACCUCAACAAUUGUUACCAUACCUGGAAUCUUUCAAGAAGUUCGUUUUAUGGUUUGGAAACGAUGACAUCAGUUGGCACGCUGCUAGGAGCUUUGCGAGGAAGUUGAAUGAAAAACGGUGUUGCUUUAUCAGGCCAACGGACACGCAGCCCCGUCCAACAUUAGCUGCAAAGUUGGAUUGCGAUUUCAAAAGUAUACUACAGAAUGCUCAACCUCUGUGGCACAAGAGUAUAAUCACCUUCCAAGAAAUCAGAGACGAUGUCUUAAGCGAUUUACAAAAUAACGAUAAGGUUCAAGGAAUAAAGUGGAAAAGGUACCCGACUUUAAAUCGUAUACUCAAAGGCCACAGGAGAGGUGAAUUCACGGUACUGACUGGGCCAACAGGAUGCGGUAAGACAACGUUUAUGAGUGAAUACUCCUUAGAUUUAGCAAUGCAAGGCGUUAAUACCUUAUGGGGUAGUUUCGAGAUAAGGAAUGUACGCUUAGCAAGGACGAUGUUACAGCAAAUGGUAGGUGUGCCUCUGGACGAGAACAUUGACAAAUUUGAUUCGUACGCAAACGUAUUCGAAAAAUUACCACUGUAUUUCAUGACUUUUCACGGCCAACAAAGUAUCAAAGUAGUGAUGGAUGCUGUUGAGCAUGCGACUUAUAUACAUGACAUAGCUCAUGUAGUAAUUGAUAAUGUUCAAUUUAUGAUGGGAACGACUGAUAGUUCUAAGCACAUGGAUAGAUUUUGGAAACAAGAUGACAUAAUAUCGAAAUUUAGAAAUUUCGCUACAACGUACAAUUGCCACGUGACCGUGAUAAUCCAUCCAAGGAAAGAACGUAUCGAAGAAGAACUAACAACUUCGUCUAUCUUCGGAAGCGCGAAAGCAAGUCAAGAAGCGGACAACGUGCUGAUUAUUCAGGAUAAAAGGCUUAGCAGCGUUAAAGGGAAAAAAUAUUUGCAAGUAGCGAAAAACCGAUUCAGCGGUGAUUUAGGUAUUAUGGUAUUAGAUUUUGACAAAUCGAGUCUCAGUUAUAGCCCGCGAUUAAAAGCGAAGGACAAGGCUAGUGAAAAAGAAAAGAAAAAAGACGUUCACGAAGCGGUACAAUAAUAUAGAACAGAGCAUUGCAUUAAAUAUUUUCUGUAUAUUUUGAUAAUAAUAAUGUAGAAAUGG